GCUGACCAACACAGCAGUAGUGAAACUAAUCUCGAGCCGGCAGAAUGGUUGAAUGGACGGACUUCGAGCGCUCCACCAUCGUGGACAUCUUCUCCAAGAUCAACCAUGACAUCGUGGGCCCUGCAGUUCUCUCCAGGUGCCUCAUCGUCUACCCCUGGACUCAGAGGUAUUUCAGCAAAUUUGGAAACCUCUACAACGCCGCUGCAAUCAUGGGAAACCCAAAUGUUGCAAAACACGGGAAAGUUAUCCUCCAAAGUCUGGAGAAGGCUGUGAAGAACAUGGACAACAUCAAGGGAACCUAUGCAGAGCUGAGCGUGAUGCACUUCGAGAAACUGCACGUGGACCCCGACAAUUUCAAGCUCCUGGCCGACUGUCUGACCAUUGUGGUUGCUGCUCAGUUUGGCAAAGCCUUCACUGGUGAAGUCCAGGCAGCUUUCCAGAAGUUCCUGGCCGUGGUGGUGUCCUCUCUGGGAAGACAGUACCACUAGAGAGCUGCAACAGAAGACCUUCAGUCUUCCAUGAUCAUGGAAAACUCUGUUUUUUGUCAUGUCUCAAAUGCGUAAAUAAAUAAAACAUCAAGCAUUUUAACAA